UGUGACUUGCUUUCAAAGGUCAAGAUUCUAGUCCAACUGAGAUGGCGGGUACCAAGCGUAGCUCAUGGCCGUCAUCAAGCAUGAUAGUAUCAUUUAUUGUUGUGCUGUUGUGUUUGGGGGAAUUUAUCAGAGUUGAGUUACUCUUGAAGAACCAUGUGAGCAGAAUACGAGAACUUGAAUCUACAGUGCAGACCAAGAGACGACAACACGUCGAGAGCACGACAAGCAACGCUCAAAAUGAAGAAGGACAGGAAACAAGUAGAAUUCGUCGACAUCAAACCAUCAAUGUAAACGUUUCGUCUUCAAAGAUAGUGAGAGAGCUAGAAAGAAUCCAAAGGUUUGCAUUACGCUUUUGUGCUGUUACGAUGACUGAUAAACAUUGUCGUGCAGGCCCUCCCGGUCCACCUGGAAGGCCUGGUCAUCGGGGUCGUAGAGGAAAGAGAGGACCGAAAGGAGAUAUGGGAAUGCCAGGUCGCUUUGGAAAGCAAGGCAUUAUGGGUCCACUUGGUCCAAAGGGAGAGAAAGGCAACAGAGGAGUUCAAGGGCCGCGAGGCAUGCGGGGAUCUAAAGGGGACCCAGGUCGAUCAAUAACGUCACCUGACGUUAUCAUUUUUCCUUCCUCAUUGGUUGUUAACGAAGGUCAGACGGCAAUCUUAAAAUGCUGGGCCAGUGGUAAUCCCAAGCCCGUGAUUGGUUGGAAUAAAGUAGGUACCAGUUCCCAGCUGACUGGUGAUGAUAAGCUAGUGAUUCCUAACGUGACUCCCAGUGACACGGGAUCGUACAAAUGUCAUGCUAGAAACCUACUUGGCACGGCACAACAGACUGUACGCAUCACUGUACAAUUUCGUCCAGGAAUUUUGAUCCACGGUGACCAGAUUUUUGAAAAGGAAGGAAACAACGUCACUCUACCAGAAUGUCUGGUGACUGGUUUCCCUAGUCCUAACAUCUCAUGGUCAAGGGCUUCAAAACCAUUGCCGAAAGCUCGAACAAUAACUAAUGGUGGAAAGUUGUCAUUGUUGAAAGUAAGGAGAAAUGACUCGGACACAUACAUUUGUCAAGCUGAAAAUGUUCUCGGCUCAACAUCUAGGACAGUACAAUUAAUCAUAGUGAAACUUCCUACUUUUGUAAAAAAGCCACCGACGUCUUUCCGUACUACUGUUGGCGAAUCAUUCUCGUUGAAUUGCACAGCGAGAAGUGAUCCAGCACCAAGGAUAUCAUGGAGAAAGCUAAACGCUACUCUACCACCAGGAAGGAGGUCAGAGGUGAGAGGAGGAACGCUGACCAUCAGACGUGCAGAGAUAGAAGAUUCUGGGGUGUAUAUCUGUAAUGCUACAAGUGCUGGUGUGAGUAGUGUAGAAGCUGCUACACAAGUCACUGUGAUAAGAGCUGCAGAUUGUUCAGAGAUCUAUAAAUCAGGAGUAAGACAGAAUGGUGUCUACACAAUUUAUCCUGACAGUACUGGUCCUUUCCAAGUCUACUGUGACAUGACAACAGACGGAGGGGGGUGGACUGUGUUCCAGAGAAGACAAGAUGGAUCAGUAGACUUUUAUCGUACCUGGGAURAAUACAAAACAGGUUUUGGAAACCUGCAUGGCGAGUUUUGGCUGGGUAAUGACAAGAUUCACCGACUGACGUCACGAACAGCGUCGAUGUUACRCGUCGAACUGGAAGACUGGGACGGAGUGAAAGUAUAUGCCAAAUAUGGUAGUUUUAGUGUUGGUUCUGAAGGUUCAAAGUACAGGUUGAGUGUCACCUCGUAUUCUGGUACGGCCGGUGACUCCUUAAGUUACCAUAAUAGUAUGGCUUUCACUACCAAAGAUAAUGAAAACGAUCUAGACCAUGUUAAUGGUAAUUGUGCUCACCAGUGGAAGGGUGCGUGGUGGUAUAAUUCAUGCCACGAAUCAAAUCUCAAUGGUAAAUAUCUUGGUCGGGUUAAUGACAACCAAGGAAUCGCAUGGUCUGACUUUAGAAGCGAUCUCUCACUGAAAUAUUCUGAGAUAAAGUUAAAGCCUUCUUCUUAACUCUUCUAAUGAAUUGCAUUAGUGCUAAAAUAUCUUGGGUUGAACUGAAAUCUUGCAUCGCGAACAUUUGAUGUUUUAAAAAUUGUUAGAUUUAGUUUCAUCGCACAACGUGACUAACGGAACAAGAAAAAAGCAAAUUCAACCAAAGUUUGAAAAAGAAAGGCUCGUAAUACGAGACAUUUUAAAGUAAGGAUGUGAAAAAAUUUUGGUUUUAAUUGCUUUAAUGUUACCCUCAUUAAGAUUUAAAAAGUCAAAAAACAGUUUUAAAUUUUUGCAUAUUAGUGGCAGCCAUGUUUUCUAAAAAUCUAAGAUUCCUAGAUCCGCCCCUAUCUUGCAUUGAUUUUGCAACUAAUAAAAACGACUACGUUGUAAAUUGA